CGGAGCCAACAGGGUAGGUUCGAUAACAAGUCCAAGUCCUUCUCUUCUAUAACGCCGCAGGAACCUGACGUAUCAAUAAAACAGGAACUGUUGACACGGAAGGGGCUGAAACGACCCUCUGUCAGGGGGGCUAAGGUCAGACUACGUCCAUGCAGAUGACUCCAGCUGUGGCCAGCAGAGCAAUAGGAGCCAUUGUUGGAUCAGCUGUUGCAGAUGCUGCAGCUCAGCCUCUCCACUGGGUGUAUGAUCUCCAGAAACUGAAGGGGAUCUUGGCUCAGGAUCCGAACCCGGAGUUCCGCUCCGAGUCGGCCAAUCCCUUCUACCGGAGGCAGACGGGCCAGCAGAGCUGCUACGGAGACCAGGCUUAUGUGCUCCUGGAGUCCCUUUCAGAGUGUGGAGGUCUGAAUGUUGAGGAUCUGAAGCAGCGGACUCUGAAAUUCUUUGGGCCGGGGUCAGAGUAUGACACGCCGGUCAAUGAUCCGUACCGAGACCGGAAUGGCCCAAGACCUCAGCUGCCCAUUGAAGGACCUUGGAGACAUGCAAGCUUGAAGAGUUUCUUAAAGAACGUCGAUGCGGGCAAAGAGGAGACAGGCUGUGAGACAGACUGUCAGAUUGACGGAAUAGCCAAGAUGGCUCCCAUAGUGGCUUUUUACGCCGGACAGCCGGACAUGCUGGAAAAGGUUGAACAGGCCAUCCGAGUCACCCAGAACAACGACGAAUGUGUCGCCGAAACUCUGGCGGCCGCAAGGUUUCUGGAGCAUUUCAUCCUGACUGGUCCAGACCCAAAAGCUCUGGAUGUGGUGCUGAAUCAGCUCAGUGACCCCAGCAGAAAGCAGCCACAGGACUUGGACAAAGCAGUGAUUGGUCACAUUCAUCAAGUGAAGGAGAAUUUGUCAAAGCCUCCACAGGAGCUGAUCCCCACUGUGUUUCCCAACACCUGAGGUUUGCCAGGUGCAUUCCAGGCAGCGCUGCAUGGAGUCCUGACAGCCAAACAGUUUGAGACGGCCAUCAGAGACACCAUGAGCUGUGGAGGAUGCACCUGCAGCAGAGCCUCCUUCAUCGGAGCAUGCGUCGGAGCCCAGAUCGGGCUUGAAGAAAUCCCGGCUUCGUGGCUCGGCAGAACCUCGCGGUCCACCUCUGUGCUGGCGCACGCCAAGAAGAUCACCAGCCACCACCUGUAAGACUGCGGCUCGCAGCACGAGGUGAACGAGAGCGACGCGGAAAACUGUUGGGCUUUUGCAGAGCUGCUAAUGAAGGCUUUUGUCUAAACGUAGGCGUGAUACGAGCCAGAUGUUUUUGUCUCUGUGAAAGUCAAACAUGUUGGGUUCAGAUGUUCCGGAAAAAGAGUUUUAUUUUUCUUCACCAAAGUCUUUUCUAAAUAUUAAUUUUAAACUUGAUCAGGAACUGUUAUUGUUGGAAAUAACUCUUGUGUCGACCUCCAUUCAGUUUUUUUGGGGUUUUCUUUACAUCUUUGAUUUAAACACAUGUAACCAGAGUGAUUAAAUACAAUUGUCAUUAAUUGAAGCUUAUUAAUGACAAUUAAUUCUUUCUGCAGGUUAUUUUCUGAAGCCCAAAUAAAUGAAUCUGUGUCUACUUAAAUCAUUAGUGUAAACAGAAAAAGACACUGCAGAUCUACAGUGAAACGAUACAGCUUACAGAGGCUUGAAUGAACGACCUUUGAUGGUGUUAGCUGUAUGAAUUUAGCUUUUAAGUUGUUUUGCUGAUGGAUGUUUCAGCUUCUGUAAUUGAUAACAGUCAAAGUUCUUUUCAAAUAAAAGCAAAGAACUGUUUUAAAAAGG